AUGGCUCGAACUAAACGCAGGGCUCAGAAGUCGACUGGGAACGAUAAACCCUACAAUCUGAGGAAUGGAAGUAGCUAUUACCAUGGGGACGGGGACAAGAAUAGCAAGCGAACUAAGAUUAGUAGUCGGAGUGACGAUGAAGAAGCGCCCGACAGGGGUAGUGACGUACGUGCCCGGCACUCUGAGACCACACGUGAGAGUAGGAAGACAGCAAGUUCGACGAGCGAAUUUAAAAUACCCAAGAAGACUAGGGUUGCGGAUAGAAGUGGAGAAAUAGAAGGUUACACGAACCACACGAACCGUUAUGUACGCCAUACGAGUUCGGAACGGUAUGGGGGGACUGGUAAUCGAGACCGCGAUCACAUAGCGAGCACAUCGAAUUUUAACGACGGUGAUAGAUAUAAUAAUAGUGGUGGGGAUAGGUAUAAUAAUAUUGGCGGUGGGUGGUAUAACAAUUCUGAUGGAGAUAGGUAUGGUACCAAUGGUGCAGACAGAUAUAAUAAUACUGACAGUGAUAGGUAUUAUAGUACUGGUAGGGAUAGGUACAAUAACAUUGCUGGGGAUAAGUACAAUAGUCCUGGCAGAGACAUACAUAAUGCUACUGGUUCAGACAGGUAUAGUGACACUCGUGAAGAUGGGUAUUACAACACUGGCGGCGAUAGGUAUAAUAACGCUGGCAUCAGAAAACGGGCACGAGAAGACAGAGGAGCAGAUCACAGGCGUAGACAAAGCCAUCGUACGCGCAAUCACAGUCCAGAUGAACAGUCACCGGAGCCGCGCGGAAGAGGGUAUGAUCGGGGCGUUGUGGACUCUACUGUACGGAAAAGUAUCAACACAUCUGAAAAGGGUAAUCUUACAUCCCAGAAUAAUAGUCACCAAAAUAUCAAUUCUGAAACGGAUCAUAACCUUGAUGCCAUUGAGUUGCUGGGCUGGGCUGGUCACAACCCUGUCCUGAACCACCGACUGGACAGUGCCUGUGGAAUGAAGCUGGUGGUGCUGGACUUGAACGGCUUGUUGGUGCACAGAACUAGGGGUCAGAAUUUUUCUACGCAUCCCAACCACAAAUUUAUCAAAAACCUACAGGGGAAGCCGCAAGGUGUGUUGAUACGGCCGUAUGUGGUAGAGUUUAUCGAUUUCCUGUUCACCCACUUUCACGUGGCUGUUUGGAGUUCUAUGAUGGACAAGAAUGUUCGGUCGAUUAUGGAGGUGGUAUUUCGUCCAGAGGAUUUGAAGCGGGUGUACUUCCUGCUGCACCAGGGCAGCUGUGAUGUCGCCAAGCAUCCAGAGAACAAACACAAGCCUCUCCUGAUAAAAGAUCUGCACAAAGUUUGGAGGGCAGAUGUGCACUUUACGAAAGAGAAUACUUUGCUCAUAGACGACAGCAAGCUGAAAGCUAGGCGGAACCCGUCUAAUCUACUAUUCAACCCAGAGGAGUGGGUGGGAGACAUGGAGGAUACCGCUUUGUCGCCCGAGGGCGGGUAUAUUUACACUUGGAUGGAUGGGUUCUCCAAGUGGACAGGAUCGGUGGCCGAUUACGUGAAGGAUCAGGAGAAGAAAGGGAAUUGGGGUCGACUCGACGAGUAG